GAGAACAUCCAGCUCCUCUCAACAGCCCAACCCACACCAGCCUCAGACACCACCAUGACCGGCUCCUGCUGCGGCUCCACCUUCUCCUCCCUGAGCUACGGGGGAGGCUGCUGCCAGCCCUGCUGCUGCCGCGACCCCUGCUGCUGCCGCCCCGUGACCUGCCAGACCACCGUGUGCCGCCCCGUGACCUGCGUGCCCCGCUGCACGCGCCCCAUCUGCGAGCCCUGCCGCCGCCCGGUGUGCUGCGACCCCUGCUCCCUGCAGGAAGGCUGCUGCCGCCCCAUCACCUGCUGCCCCUCGUCGUGCACGGCUGUGGUGUGCAGGCCCUGCUGCUGGGCCACCACCUGCUGCCAGCCUGUGUCUGUGCAGUCCCCCUGCUGCCGGCCCCCCUGCGGCCAGCCGACCCCUUGCAGCACCACCUGCAGGACCUACUCCUGCUGAGCAGUGCACUGACUGCCCGGAACGCGUAACUCACCUUCUGAAAAAGUCACACUCCCAUUUCUCUACUUUAACAAACCUCCUGCCCUGAGCCCACAAAACCCCACAUCAACCAAGCUGGGAACCGAGCACUGGGCUCAUCUAUUAAGACCUGGGCCAUUCUGAAGUCUGUAAAAGAAGCAAUUUCCUUCUUCUUAAGAUUUCGUGCCAUGUUUAUUUUCUAAUAAAUAUCUGUUCUUUGGCCUUGCA